AUGAGCCAAAAAUUAGAUUCUAUGGAUAUAUAAAUGCCUACAGAAAUGGCAUCAUAAUUAUCUACUUACAAAAUUAAUCGAUUUACAGAAUAAAAUAAGAAUUUAAUAUAUACUCAUAUUUACAAGGAUCACAAAUUCAAAAAGAAUAUACUUAUAUUCUUUAUUUUAGUGAUAGUUAUUAACUUUUUUUGUAACUUAUCUUUGUUAGUAGCAAAUUGUCAUCCUUAAGAUGUUAUAGAAGAUAAUUAUUAUUUACCAUUCCAUAUGUUAGAUUUUUAUGGAUCUUUUUUCUUUGCUUUAAGUGAAGGAUGUGUAUUAAUAUUAACAGGUAUUGUUACAAUUGAUUCAAUAAAAAUCUAUUUGAUCAUUGUUAAUAUUGGAGGAACUUUGGUAGCAUUAAUUUUAUUUACUUUUGAUCCAGAGUUCUUUGAAGUUACAUCUCAUUGGAUUGAAUAUAGUGUACAAUUAUUACUUACAUUAACUGAUUUUUUAUUCAUCUUUUAAUAAGAUAAAUAAUCCUUAAUGUAUAAAUAUAGAUUUUAUGAAUCUUGUAUAAUUAUUUUAGCAUUCAUAAUGUCUUUUUUAAAAUUAUUAGUUUUUGGUGGAGUAAUACCUACUAAUGGUUAAAAUGAAAGGAUAGCUCAUUUUUUAGAAUAUAGUGGUGAAAUGAUAAAUGAUUGUUUUGCAAUUUUCUUUAUUAUUUUAUAAUUAAAUAUAGAAAGAUAAUAUAUGUUGGAAACAAUGUAAAGUACUUUGGAGACAUUAUUAGAUAAAAAUGGAAUAGAAUUAUUUAAAUGA